AUGAAGAAUAUCAUGCUAUUUAUGCUUUCCUUGGUUGGCCUCACCCUCGUCUGGCUCAUUCUACUAGCAUCCACUGUAUCUUUAUCAGACACGAGAUCGUAUGAAGUUUCCAGGUCUGUUCAAAAACUUGAAAAAGAAGAAGCUUUGGAUGCAAGAAAAACAAAUUCUUCAAUUAUUCAAGCGCCAAAAGAAAUCGAAGAGAACCCGCGAAAAAUCAAGGAAGAUCAGCAGAAAAUACGGCUGGAGAAAAAUCGCGCUUUCUGCGAAAACAAAAAGUUCCAAGAUUCAAGCAAAUUUGAAUUGUAUGGAAAGUCGUCUGGAAAUGUUGGCUUCAAGACCUGUCUUGUUGCCAAAGCUGCUUCUACUUCCCUGUCGAUGGCGUAUCUUUUAGCAACUGGUCGACUUGAUUCAUCGAAAAAGUUGACCUUGGAAGAUGUCACAUCUGGCGACGAACGUUUCAACCGAAAAUGCGCAAGUUUACUCGACGGCUGCCUCGUCAAACGCUCGCCAAGGACAGUUCCCAUUUCAGAACGAGUGGUUUUCGUUCGUGAACCGAUGCAGCGUUUGUACUCUGCGUACAGGGACAAGAUUGCGAGAAUCCGCGACAGGGCUGGGUUCAAUAAAGAUCUUAACUCUCUUCAAGAAGAAAACCCUGAUGUCAUAAAUGAAGCUCAAGCUUCUGACAGAACGAUUAUUCGAGCAGAAAAAGCGGAAUAUUUGUCGAAAGAAAUGAAGGAUGAUCAUCUUGAAAUGAGGCUCAAGAAACAUCGUGCUUUCUGCCAGAAAAAGAACACUCACGCGGCGAAUUCUCGUGACUCGUUGCUAGACUUGUAUGGAAAGUCAUCUGGGAAUGUUGGCUUCAAGACGUGUCUAGUAGCCAAAGCUGCUUCUACUUCGCUGACCACAGCGCUUCUUUUAGCAACCGGUCGACUUGAUUCAUCCAAAAAAUUGACGUUAGAUGAUGUCACGGCUGGUGACGAGCGUUUCAACCGUAAAUGCACAAGUGUACAAAACGGCUGUCUCGUCAGACGGUCGCCAAAGACAGUGCCAAUUUCGGAAAGGAUCAUCUUCGUCCGCGAGCCAAUGGACCGUCUUUACUCUGCAUACAAAGAUAGAAUUGCCAGACUUCAUGACAGGCCCGGGUUCUGCUUUCUCUUGGUAGCAUGUAAGCCUUUUAUUGUUGAAAAAGUCGAGCCCGGUGGAAGAGAUUGGUACUACGAAAAAUACACGCGUUUCAUGAAGCCGAAUGCUCCAGCAACGGCCGAAUUGGCGAUCAAACAAAAUUUCUCCGUCUCUUUUGAAGAGUUUGUCAGCUGGUUAGUCUCAAACAACAAGUUUUCCGCCGACAUGCACUGGAAACCUCAAUUCACGAACUGCCAGCCCUGCCAAUACAGCUUCAUCGGUCACGUGGAAACGAUCGCGGAAGAUUUGGACGCGCUAUUCUCUCGUUUAAAAGUCUCAAAUUUGACUUCUUCGCACGUCUUCGCACAUUCCGAUUCUGUCAACCCGCAUCGAACAUCCUCAACGAAGAACAACUCAGCAAAAACAGAAACAGCGACGCUUGAAGAAAUUCUUCGCAAAUUGCCCAAAAACCACCGCGAUGCAUUGCUAUCUCAUUAUCGACAGGACUACGAGGCUUUUGGAUAUGAUCUGCCGGAUUAUUUGCUCUAG